AUAGCCACAUGUUUGGGGAUAUCUUUGUGAAUUUGUUCUUGCUCCAACCAUGAUGUUCCUAGCGAUUGCCGCCUCUCUGUUCGCUGUGUCCCAGGCUCAAGUGUUCGGGGGACUUGGUUGUCCCACCACCAACACUGUGGCCAACUUCAACCUGACCAGGUAUCUUGGAACAUGGUAUGAAAUUUACAAAUUUAAAGCCAAUUUCGAGAACAAUCAGAAAUGUAUCCAGGCCAACUAUCAACUGAAAGCCGACGGACACAUCCGAGUAAACAACACCGGAAUUUCUAUAAGUGACGGAAUGCCCAGUACGGCUAUAGGAGACAUCUACAUUCCUGACGUCAAUGACGGGUCCAAACUGAAGGUCAAAUUCGCUUCCGCUGCUCCGUAUGGAAACUACUGGGUGUUAGACACAGAUUAUGAACACUACACGCUCAUCUAUUCCUGUACCAGCAUUCUCGGAAUCAGCCAUUUUGAAUUUGGGUGGAUAUUGGCGCGAACAAGAACAAUCCCCGAUGCAACGACCCAAAAAUUGUUCGGUAUCAUGGAAAAUUACCAUAUCAACAGCCACCAUUUUAUGAAGACUGACCAAACCGGUUGUUAAAUCCAUUCCUUUGUUAUGUCGUAUUAUCAUCAUCUUUGUGUACAUGCUUUGACUGUUACUGCUAUUUCUGUUGAGUGCUUUAUGGUUAUACUUGUUAUUUUAUAUUAAAAGAAUUAAAAUAAGAUAAAAAGUU